AUGCCGCACCGAUCCCGAUCACCGUCGAUUUCUCGUGAGUCAAUCUCAACAUUCCCUUUCCAGCGACAGCCUUGUUGCAAGGGGGGUUCCUUUUGCCACAUCUCACAACUGACAUGGCACGCCGCCUUCAGGGGAGGUCUCGAGAUGCUCUUCGACAACCAACGCCGGCACUCUGUCUCACUUCCUGCCGUCAACGACGACGGCAAGCCCGCCACUGUUGGCUUCCUCAUCGACUACCUCUGCAAAAACCUCAUGAAAGAUCCCAGAGUCGACCUAUUCGUCCUGGACAAGCAUAUCCGCCCAGGUAUCCUAGUCCUCAUCAACGACGCCGAUUGGGAACUCGAGGGCGAGGAAGCUUAUGUGAUCCAGCCGCACGACAACAUCCUGUUUGUCUCGACUCUCCAUGGUGGCUGA